GCGCCCGAUUAGAAUAUUUAAUUCCAGUUGGAGCGUUUUUCCUCACCUUACUGUAUUUUAUUUCGGUAAAUACCCACACAUUUUAAUUUCUGAGAGGCACAAAUUCCUCUCAGACUCAUUCAAAUUGACCGAGUAGUCUUAUAAGGUGCCUUUUGUCUCAUUGUAAAUCCUCAGUAAAGUUUGCAGUUUAGGAUGAUAACGUGAUUUUUGCGUAAAAAUAACAACUCAUUUCACCUGUAAAGGACCACGACAGGAGCAGGGACUCGAGUUUCUUUUUAUUCGGGCACUUCAGUAGUUACCUCUUGCUUGGGGGUGGUGCCGCGUGUGGACCCGAUGGACCCCGGCGACGCCGCCAUUUUGGAGUCUUCCCUAAGGAUCGUCUACCGGCUUUUCGAGUCAGUGCUGCCGCCGCUGCCCGCGGCUUUGCAGAGCAGGAUGAAUGUGAUAGACCACGUGCGGGACAUGGCGGCCGCGGGGCUGCACUCCAACGUGCGGCUCCUCAGCAGCUUGUUACUUACAAUGAGUAAUAACAACCCUGAGUUAUUCUCCCCACCUCAGAAGUACCAGCUUUUGGUGUAUCAUGCAGAUUCUCUCUUUCAUGAUAAGGAAUAUCGGAAUGCUGUGAGUAAGUAUACCAUGGCUUUACAGCAGAAGAAAGCGCUAAGUAAAACUUCAAAAGUGAGACCUUCAACUGGAAAUUCUGCAUCUACUCCACAAAGUCAGUGUCUUCCAUCUGAAAUUGAAGUGAAAUACAAAAUGGCUGAAUGUUAUACAAUGCUAAAACAAGAUAAAGAUGCCAUUGCUAUACUUGAUGGGAUCCCUUCAAGACAAAGAACUCCCAAAAUAAACAUGAUGCUGGCAAACCUGUACAAGAAGGCUGGUCAGGAGCGCCCUUCAGUCACCAGCUAUAAGGAGGUGCUGAGGCAGUGCCCAUUAGCCCUUGAUGCCAUUCUAGGCUUGUUGUCCCUUUCUGUAAAAGGGGCAGAGGUGGCAUCCAUGACAAUGAAUGUGAUCCAAACCGUGCCUAACUUGGACUGGCUCUCUGUGUGGAUCAAAGCAUAUGCUUUUGUGCACACUGGUGACAACUCAAGAGCAAUCAAUACCAUCUGUUCACUAGAGAAAAAAUCCUUAUUGCGAGAUAACGUGGACCUAUUGGGAAGCUUGGCAGAUCUGUACUUCAGAGCUGGAGACAAUAAAAACUCUGUCCUCAAGUUUGAACAGGCACAGAUGUUGGAUCCUUAUCUGAUAAAAGGAAUGGAUGUAUAUGGCUACCUACUGGCACGAGAAGGGCGGCUGGAGGAUGUUGAGAGCCUUGGAUGCCGCCUUUUCAAUAUCUCUGAUCAGCAUGCAGAACCGUGGGUGGUUUCUGGCUGUCACAGCUUCUAUAGCAAACGCUACUCCCGGGCCCUCUAUUUAGGAGCCAAGGCCAUUCAGCUGAACAGUAAUAGUGUUCAAGCUUUGCUACUUAAGGGAGCAGCACUUAGGAACAUGGGCAGAGUCCAAGAAGCAAUAAUCCACUUUCGGGAGGCCAUACGGCUCGCACCUUGUCGCUUAGAUUGUUAUGAAGGUCUUAUCGAAUGUUACUUAGCCUCCAACAGUAUUCGAGAAGCAAUGGUAAUGGCUAACAACGUUUACAAAACUCUGGGAGCAAAUGCACAGACCCUUACCCUUUUAGCCACCGUUUGUCUUGAAGACCCAGUGACACAGGAGAAAGCCAAAACAUUAUUAGAUAAAGCCCUGACCCAAAGGCCAGAUUACAUUAAGGCUGUGGUGAAAAAAGCAGAACUACUUAGCAGAGAACAGAAAUAUGAAGAUGGAAUUGCUUUGCUGAGGAACGCACUGGCUAAUCAGAGUGACUGUGUCCUGCAUCGGAUCCUAGGAGAUUUCCUUGUAGCUGUCAAUGAGUAUCAGGAGGCAAUGGACCAGUAUAGUAUAGCACUAAGUUUGGACCCCAAUGACCAGAAGUCUCUAGAGGGGAUGCAGAAGAUGGAGAAGGAGGAGAGUCCCACGGAUGCCACUCAGGAGGAGGAUGUGGACGACAUGGAAGGGAGUGGGGAAGAAGGGGACCUGGAGGGCAGCGACAGUGAGGCGGCCCAGUGGGCUGACCAGGAGCAGUGGUUCGGCAUGCAGUGAGGGGGCGGCAGCUCCAUGGCCGCAGUGGCCUGCCCUGCUCUGAGCACUUCCGUGGACUGAAGGAACCGUAGGAGCCUGCUCUCAGGAGGACAAUGAUUCAGCAUGUGAUUGCAGCAGGGGUCUCUGCCCCCUCGCUCCCAAUUCCUAGUCGUGACUUCAUUUCUAAAACAGAGCCUGACCAACCUUCCAUGUAUCUCCAUCCUCCCCUGCUCCAGCCAGGGAGGACUGAGGGAGUGCCCCGAGACCCACACACAUGUUGGGGCUUCUGGGCCAAGAGUACUUUUUAUAUAACUAAUUUCUAAAUCCAGAAGCUCAAGGAAUAGACAGUGUUCUGUGACAUGGAUUGGUUUGAAGGAGUUACCCACCAUCCCAGCACGAUAGUGUCAUCUCCCAAGUUGGAUGGCAGCACAAUCUGGCCCUAGGAAGCUUCGUGUUCCCAGAAGUCAUUGUCCUGGGCUAUCCAGAUGUCCCUAGUAAAUCUUGCUUCCUUCUGCAAUGUUAGUAAUGCCUUAAGCUGACAGUUGCUAUUUUGCAGAACAGUUUUCCUCUUUGCUUAGCUAGUAACUUGCCUCUGAGCCUGGGCUGAUCUGAGAAACAGGUGUGACAAGAGCAUGAACCAGAGGUGCACCUGGGGCAGUUCCCUAAUAAAACUGGUUUGUACAGUCA